AUGAAGCAGCUUUCCUCUGUAAUCUAUGUUCCCAUCAGCCUCGUCCUCCUGUCUGCGUCCUUCUACACAACUUGUUUAGCAGAAACAUACAACUCCUCAUCAGUUCCUUCUCCUGUGUCAGACCCGGCAUUCAUAGAACAGUGCUCUAAUGUAGAUUUCUGCUCUAAGGCUGCCCAGUGCUGUAAGCAUGGAAUGGAUGAAGAUGGUUGGAUUGCAGCAGCUAUUGGCUGGAGUCUCUGGUUUCUGACACUCAUUUUGCUCUGUGUGGGUAAACUGAGAAAGAUCACACCUGAUGAAUCCAAGUACACACAAGCAUGA